CCGCUUGCCCCGCGUGUGUCCGUCUCUCCCGGAUGUACACCUGCGAGAGACUGGGAGAGAACGCAACAAAAUUCAAGUACGCUCCUGGCGACGGCGACCACUCGUGUGGCGGAGCGUGGGUGAGAGCGGCAAUUGCGGUUGCUGGGGCGAGCCUCUUCGGACAGCAGUCGCUCGCUGUGAAGGGGUCGGCUUUCCUGGGAGGUGUCGGGCUCGUCGUAGCCUUAUUCUGCCUGGCUUGGUCUCUUGGAUGUCGGUCUCGAGUUCGAGAAGAGUCUCUGCUGGUAGUGCGCGAGCUGGGGGUGCAGGUGACCACCACUUAUGUCGACGGCCGAGAAAAGAGCACGUUCUUGGACAAGGCGAAGAUCAAGGCCAUCUUAAUCAACGAGGGUAUCACCAUGCACAGAGUCGUCUUCUACCUAGCCUUUGUGGUCGCGGGGCGGGACAAGAUGGUGGUGGCCUUCGAGAACCUCCAGCCGCGCUUGAACGUUCUCAUCAAGAUUUACAGGGGUACACGUGCAGCAAUCCUCGGAGAGGCAGGCGACGAGCAGCAGUCGCGAACGAAUGACAUGAUGUCGAUGGGAUUCGACGCCGGUGCUCCCGGCUUCCCGACAGCUUCUGAGGCGGCUCCUACCACGGGCAUUGUUGGAGGUGGUGGUGGUGAAAUCGGCGAGCCCAGAAUUGGCCCGAGGGCGGCGGGUCGAAGAGGAGACUCAGGCCUGCGGAGAACAGACAGAAUAGCCAGAAGGCAGGCGCAGGCGAGACUCGCGGGAGCGUCCGCGGCGGCUAGCGGCUGGCCACCACCCCACAUGCCGAACUAAUAGUUGUACGAGAAUUGCGUUUGGGUAGUCUAUCCGGAAGCUCUGUGCUCCAGUCAGGUCGAAGGUCCGGUGAAGUAUUGUACUUAAGCCUGUCACCGCUGCUAAUGCUGGUUUAUAGUAUGCCCCAGAGCCGUUUAGGCGAGGAAGGGCCAAGCGAAGUCUAGCAGUUGUUGUUAACUUCGGUAAGGUAAGAAGGCGAGCUGAAGAGGUUCCGUUAUGGGCGAAAUGUCAGUUUGAAGUCUCGCCGCCUUGCGCACGCACGGUGAACGGAAGUUGUAAAAAUCACACGAGAGGCAAUCACUUUUGAGGGUCCUAUGGUCUACGCUACGGGCUGAGGCCGAUAAGUUGCUUGUUUGGUGAAUAGGGCGAAACCGAAUUUUGGUCCUACAUGUCGCGCGUGAAACUGGCAUCAUAUGGAGACAGUUUUAGGUAGAAGACGUAUCAAGGUUGGGAGCACAUGCUGGAUCCAUCGAUCGUGGAAUCUUUUUUGGUACUACUGGGUAUGAUCUAUAACGGGUUGUUUUUCUCCGCACAGCGCUAGGCGAGUAUGUACAUGUACGGUACCUGUAUUUAUUUGUAACCACAGAUAUCGGGCCGUAGCGUAGAGGAAGGGAGGAGGCGUGAUUUUUGCUCUCCUUUCUGUUUGGUUCAUGCGAUUGCUCUUGUUGUAUAUCAGAUCCCGUUUGCAUGUGGGAGUGUACAAUAGCGACUCGACGUUGGUUUGUGGCCUGACUUCUGUGAAUGUGUGCGGUUGAGGAGUCGCUGCUGCUGUGUUAGUAUUCAGACUACGUGGUCGGUGUUUUCGUCGUCUCGCAUAUUUCCGCACAGAACAUGCAGAAUGAAGUGCAAACUUGUCAUCGAUCCCCACUUGGAAUUUGCACGCGUCUUUACCUCUGCGCACCCCACGCGCCUCCACAACGUCCAUGCGAGAUCAAUUGUCUGUCUGUGUGCUGUAUCGCCUGCUUUCGGCGCGUCGCUUCCAACGGAGACCAGGAUUUAAUUAGCGAGAAAAACUCACCCUGUAUGUAUGAGAUUGACUGGCUGUGCUCAGAGUGCUGACAUGUUGGCAGUGUGACGGAUGCGAUAUGAGAUUUUAGCCGGGUGCCGAGAUCUGCGCGAUUUUCGGGCAUUAGUCAUGACACACGUGGGGUUUACGUGGGGGGAGCAUGUGUCUGCUGUACCUAUGCGAGGACUACUAUGUGUGCCCGUCAUAUUUCCGUCAUCCUGUCGAUGGGGCUCAGCGGGGGCAAAAUCUGACCCACUGAAAUUCUGA